CGCAACUGCAGAAUCGAAUGUUGGCGACGCUAAGCGGCUAUCGAGCAGUCUCCCGUCGACAACGAACCCUUCCUUUCCCUUCCCCGUCUCGCUCUCCGAUCGCUUGGUCGACGGGAACACAAGAAAUGGGAAGCGUGACGGUGUACGGCCCUCCCAUCUCCCCCGCCGUCUCCAGAGUCGUAGCCUGCCUCCUCGAGAAGGACGUCGUCUUCAACCUCGUCAACAUCGACAUGUCCAAAGCCCAGCACAAGUCCCCCGACUUCCUCAAGAUACAGCCGUUCGGCCAAGUCCCCGCCUUCCAGGACGAGCACACCACCCUGUUCGAGUCGAGGGCGAUCUGCCGCUACAUCUGCGACAAGUACGCUGACCGGGGCAACCGGAGCCUCCUCGGGCGCAGAGGCGGCGGGCUGGUGGAGCGGGCGCACGUGGAGCAGUGGCUGGAGGCCGAGGGCCAGAGCUUCAGCCCGCCCAGCUCCACGUUGGUGUUCCAGUUGGCCUUUGCCCCCCAGAUGGGGCUGCCGCAGGACGCGGCCGCAAUCCUGCUGAACGAGGGCAAGCUGGCCAAGGUACUCGACGUCUACGAGCGCCGGCUCGAGGAGAGCAGGUUCCUCGCCGGGGACAUGUUCUCUCUCGCCGACCUCUCCCACCUCCCUAAUGGCCAUUACGUUAGGGCCGGCGGGAAGGUUGAGCUCUUCACGUCGAGGAAGAAUGUGGCCAGGUGGUGGGAGGAGAUCUCCAUGCGGCCGUCAUGGAAGAAGGUCGUCGAAAUGCAGCGCGCCCCACCUUCAUUUUGAUCACUGUUUUCAGAUUUGAGCUCGAUCACGUAUGAAACUAAUAAGAGCUUCGAUCAUGGCUCAAUAUAACAAAGGAUACUCUUGUUCUUAGUGCUAUGAGCAUUGUUCUAUUCUA